AUGUCCACUGCCAUUCCAUCCGUCCCAUCCACCUGCUUCACCUCCACUACCAUUCAACCACAGCCAGACACGCAUGGAAAAAGAGUCAAAUUGUCAGCGAUCGAUCAGAUCGCUCCAAGAGACUACAUCUCAUCAUGCUUAUUUUUCCCCAUGUCACAAAAUGCAGACACGAGACAUCUCUUUCAUCUGCUCGAGCGAGCCUUAGUCAAUACGAUCAGUGAUAUCCCAGAACUUGCAUGUUCUGUACGACGGCCGAUCGGAAACGAUCGGGAAGAGGUUGAACUUCUCUUCGAUAGCAACCGAGGCGCCAUACUCAAUUACAGGGAUUACACGGCACCAGAACUUCGGACUUUAUGGAAGUUCGGUACGUUCCACCAACUUGAGAGAGAAUACUUUCCUCUGAAAAUCCCGAGACAUAUUGUCUUUGGCACAUCCGCAAAGCUAGUCCCGGGUUCCAGUAUUCCGGCAUUGGUAGUUCAGUGUAACUUCAUACCCGGAGGCCUUAUACUCGGAACCUGUCUGCAUCAUGUGGCUGGCGAUGGCGUCUGCAACUUUAUCUUGCACAAGACAUUAGGCAUGCACUUGGCUGCCAUUACCAAAGGACUCGGCCUCCGAACUUUUCCAAUCACGCCCCUUGAACGAAGCUCAGUUGUUCAGGGUGAACAGGGUGUGACUUUAGAGGAGUUUCCCGAUUGGAAGCUCACAGAGACCUCUUCCACCUUCUUGAACCCGACAAACUAUGAAGAUGCCGAGGUUCAGUCGAUUGAGCAUGGCAUAUUCUCCAUCUCCGCAGAGGAUCUCUCUCUGCUCAAGAAUCAUGUCUUGAAAAGCGCUGCCAACACUAAGUUGAGCACAACUGAAGCUAUAUGUGCUUUUCUAUGGCGCCACGUUGUCCUCGCCAGGCAGAUAGACCACCAUCAAUACCCAGAGGCUAAGCUAUCAAUCACUGUCGAUUCAAGGGAACGAAUGGAAAAUCCGCCACUCCCCUCUAAUUAUUGGGGGAAUUUCGCGGAGCCGAACGCGGUCGCCAGAGCAUCUGUUGCCCAUUUACAGAAUGAGCAAGAUAAACCCGAGAUCUAUGUAGAAUUGGCGAGUACUGUCAAGCGAGACAUUGCGGCUGUCAACAACAAAGCAGUAAGGCGCCUCGUUGGACUGCUCAACCAGAUGCCCAAGAGUACUUCCUUGACCUGGAAUGUCGACCGAUACCCGGGACCGGACAUGCUAAUAGUCUGUCUCCAAGCACAUAGAUACAACGAUAUUUAUUUUGGGGGUGACCUUGGGUAUCCUUCUGCAUUUCGCGUUACUGUUGGAGAUACUGAGGGCAAACCAGACGGCCGCUGCAUUAUUCUGCCACCUCGUCAUACGGAAAGUCGGGGUCUGGAGCUAAUCUUACAAUACGAUAGUGGGACUCUGGAGAGGCUUGAGAACAACGUGGAAUUUAGCAAAUUCUUUAUUCGUCGUAAUUAG